AUGAUAGCAAAAGCGCAAAUUGCACGUAUUAUUAUCACAUUUGGAUAUGGCAUGAUGGGAGCGGCGAUUAUUGUUAUGCUUGUUUUGCCUCUAUUUGGUUACUCGGUGAGAAACCUGUCUAAUAUUACUGAAGAUCUGGAGAAACCAUUCUCAUUGCAGACAUAUUACAUCUACAAUACUAGAAGAAGUCCACAAUAUGAAUUGACAUAUGCUGCUCAAUGUAUUGUCUUAUUCUUCUGUACCAUUUGUUAUACGUGCAUAGAUAACUUUCUUAGUCUUUCGAUACUUGAAAGUAGACAUCACUUAACAUUUUUAAACUUGGCAUAUUUUAUAAGCAUUGUUACCAAUAUAUUCGGUCACAUGUGCAUGUACUGCGCUGUUGGCGAAAUAUUAACAGCUAAGUGCGACAGAAUCCACUAUGCUGUAUAUUUCAAUGAAUGGUAUACUUUGAAUACAAGAAAUUCUCGAGACUUAAUUCUUCUAAUGUUAAGAACCAAUAAGCCUCUUCAUCUCCACUUCGGUAAACUGUUCCCUUUAACGAUGGCUACAUUUUGCAGUUUACUGGAAACAUCAGAUAAUUACAUGUAA